ACCAAGGGUGCACCUGAAUCUAUGCCAUUGCAAGCGUCACGAAUACACGACUUUGGCGUUUUACUCAGCUACUUUGGUGUUCUCUCUAUCGAUUUUGGCAUGGAAGUGGAUCUCUUAAAGAGCACCUUUUCUGCCCUCCAAGUAGCACUAAACCAGACCAUUGAAAUCUUCAACCAUCGCGAGGAUACGUGGCAAAGGCGCUACGAUCGUGAGGUAGAAAAACGUCGUAACUUGGAACGUCAACUGAGACUCACUCAAGAGGCUCUCACCGCCACUCGUUCCAACCCAGCUAAUCGUGGAAUUCGUUUAGGUCCUGGAAAGGCCCAUCAACGUAGUCACAGCCACGGAGGUCAACAGGUUCUCUUUGGAAAUCAACUCUUUCCUCAUGUUGGUGCUCCUGCUCAAGGGAGUAACACAGCCUCGUGUGGUGUUCCUAGCACUUCUGCAGGAAUUACAAAGAUGUUCAUCGUUGAGGAAGGAGGGCCGGAUUUCGCAGAAGGUGGAUCUGGGUACACAGUAAAUGAGGAGAGAUUUUACGAUGCUAUUGAUGCACAGCUUGAUAAAUUGCAUCAGGAUGAGGCCUGUUUGAUGGCCCUUAAAUCGGUGGGGGACAAGCUACGAUCAGCAGAUGCAAUGCCCUCCAGCCAUCCCCUCUACUCCGAAGUGGCCAAAGUGUGCGAGGAUCGUAUUGGUAUCAUACGGAAUGGAUUCCCCUCCUUCAACGGUGAAGUGGGUAGUGUCAACAAUGGUUGGACUAUCCUUGCCAAACAGGGUAAAAUAAUCAUCUGCAAUCGAGAGGUGGAAUCUAGCGAUGGGACAUAUCUUGAUCCUUUGCAGGCUGUGCAUACCGUCCACAACGUAACUGCCCGUGAGAUGUGUGAGGCCUUCUGGGAUGUGCAGUAUCGCUUAGAUUGGGAGAUAACUGUCGACCAGGCGCCUACUGUACUUGAAGUUUGUGGAGAUGACACUGUCUUACAGUAUCAGGCUUACAAGCGCAUUUGGCCAGCUACUCAAAGAGACUCGUUGUUCUGGUCACACAUGCGUCGCCUUGAUAAGUAUCAAUUUCGCCAGGAUGAGUCUGUUACCUCAGAAGGACAAAUUAUCCUCGAUACUUGGAUGGUAGUCAAUUACUCCACAAAGUACGGUGAAGACCGUCUUCCACCUUCGGCCAAAACUCCCUCCUUCAUUCGACUUGAAGUGGACGUGGAAAUGUUCUGUCAGACCCUCUGGCGACCUCCUAGUUCCGAUUUUGAUAUGACGACCCUUCCAGACGCCGAAAAGCUGCAAUCCCUCUCCUCAGAAGAACAGCAAGCUCGAUGGGAAGCUGCGGGAGUGACUCGGGAUUCUGUUUGCUGUCGUCUGCUCUAUGCUUCGCAGAUCAAUCCCGGUGGUUGGGCUCCUGCCACUGUAGUACGUACUAUGGCCCGUCGAGAAUAUCCACACUUCCUUCAACGCAUCUCCGAUUUUGCGAUUUCACAUACAGCUAACACUACACUCAAAUUCUAA